AUGUCUUGUUGCUCCAUCGAACUCUACUCCGAUUGGUUGCCCAAGGUCAGCGUAAUCUCAAAGAGGGCUGUUGCGGCUCUUUCUAAUGUGGUUCCCCGAAUUUCAGACACAUGUGAUCCUUCAGCUCAAGCCCACUCGACUCCCCCUAAUUUGACGGUAACCCCACCAGGAAUGACUUUAUCCAACAGUCCUCCUAGUCCAGAAGCAAUGUCGGACUCUCCUACCGAUUUGCAUUAUUCGGAAACUGACGAGCCACCAAUUGAGUACGACCCCUUUGAUCACGUACAAAGAGCAUCUUCCACUAUCCUUCCCAUGUUCAUGCCCCCUUUUCCAUCGAAACUCCAAAUUCGAUCGAUGGAUGAAGACGAAGACCUAGCUGUGAUUGAUCAGGUAAACCGUCGUCUGGCGCUUGGACAACUGGAUCCACCACUGCCAUGGAUACAGGUGCCUCCAGGUGGCAUAGUAGGAUAUCCAACCUCAAGUGCUGAGCAAUAUCCGGAGGUAUUUACGGAUCCUAGUUUUCUACAUCAUCAAGCGCACCACCAACAACAUGAGGCAAUUCCUGAGCCUUCCAUUUCGCAACCCAGUGGCCAGUACUUCUUUUCCAUGGAAACAGGUGGAAUGGUGGAGACUUCCCCCCAAUUUACUUUGGCAAGUGAAUGA